AUGGCCGCUGAUUCGAAAUCGUUCACUGAUAUUGACUGGAAGAGGCAGGAACAGGAUGAUGAAAAUGCUCUUAAGCGCCUUCUAGACCAGAGUCAACAAGCGGGGGAACAGGCCGGGCUUUUUGACGACAGCCGACCCCUCGAUACGGGUGAAAAAGCGGACGAUGCUCAGGACUUUGAGGAUAUCAGUGAUGAUGAUCUGCCGGAGGAGGAAGAAGCUGCCGGCGCCGGCGAAGGGGAUGUGCCGGGCCUUACAGAUGAUAUGGGCACGAGCAAUGAUACCGAUGACCUCUUUGGAGAGGGUCGCGGCUCGUCGCCUUUUGAUGCGUUCGAGGAGCACGAGGGACUUCAGCCAAAUGGGAUAUCACAGCCAGGGCGCAUCCACGGCGGCUUGAAUUUACCUACACUUGGGCCUGAACCCGAAGAAGAUCUCCGUGAGCUCAACUUCCCAGAACAUUACGAUGCAGCAAAUCAAGACCCUUCCAUCCCGGCACCUGCGGAGACCGAGGAAGAGCUCCUCAAACAAUCUUGGCCAACAUAUCAACGGGGGGUUAUUCUCGACUGGAAUGAGCUCUUGCCACCCAAGAAGGCCCAUUACAUCCCCAAGGUCCCCGAAAAGCCUCCAAAGGCACUCAACCCAACGAAGGUUAGCUUGGACCUAGCGUUAGACCAGGAGAAGUCAUUUCGCAUCGCAGGACCAGCGGUAUCCGACAAACGCAAGCGGGUCCAAGAAGCGGAGGCAAAGGGUUUGGUUGCCAUAGUAGAGGAAUCUUCAUCUGAAGAAGACUCCGAGGAGGUUCUUGACUGGCACAUUCCAUCUCCGUCGGAAAAGUUAGGAGGGGUGACUUGGACCGACCUUCAGAUCCUGUGCGAGGAUUGGGAAUCGAGGAUAAAUCCAGAACCUACCGAGCUAGUCCAAGAUGAGGUUGAGGAGGAGCCUAUGGAUUCGUGGGAGCGGGAGAUUCUUGGUCAUUCAGCUAAACGCAGAAAGAUUACUCACGUCGAGAAAGAUAUCAUCAAUGCACCUCGUUUCGAAGUCCCUUCAUUCGACGAUUUUGGGCCGGCUCUCAGAAGAGCUGCGAAGCGCGUUACUCUCGACCUCAAUGACCCGCAUCUUCUACUGGACACGCAAGCAUAUAGCCCUGCGAAACGCCGCCGCCUCGGAGGUACAUUCAACCAAGUUGGAAAGAGCGCAUUGUCAUCAAGCUUUGGUCGCAGAUUCAACAUAUCAAACGAUGAAGCAUACGAUGCCCUGAAGGAGAACCACCAGAGUAAGGUACGGGCAACGCUUGGGAACGUGUCACUCGAGCACAGCAUGCCUGCUCUCAGGAUGCAAUGGCCGUAUUACCGCACCAAGCUCUACGUUCCAGAAGCUCGAUCAUUCCACAGACCGUCUCUCAAAUUUAAUAAAUUCAUCAACCAACCGAUCCAUUUCUCCAAGCCUCUUAUGCGGAAGAAGAAACAGAUCAAGAACAUGGCGAUACACGAUAUUUUCAAAGAGACCAAGGAUCUCACUCUCGCUGAACACUAUUCCACUGCUACAUUGCUCGAGUAUUCGGAGGAACAUCCUAUAGUACUCUCGAACUUUGGCAUGGGCAAUAGAAUCAUCAAUUACUACCGGCGCAAAGACGGCGAAGAUGCUGAUCGACCUGCCCCUGAAGACAAGGUUGGCGAUGUGACCACCCUUCUCCCUGAAGAUAGGUCACCAUUUGCCAAUUUUGGUGAGGUCGAUCCGGGCGAGACUGUUCGAACACUGCACAACGCCAUGUACAGAGCUCCUAUAUUCAAACAUGAGCCAGCACACACAGACUUUUUGAUCGUUCGCAGUAGCACUGGCGUCAACGGCACAUCCUGGUAUAUUCGCAACAUCGACCAUCUCUUUGCCGUCGGGCAAUUAUUCCCAUCUGUGGAGAUCCCAUCACCUCACUCAAGGCGGGUUACAAACGCAGCCAAGCUUCGUAUGAAGAUGAUUGGGCUGCGGAAGAUCAAGCAUAAUCCUCAGCAAACUCUUAAAAUUGGAGAGGUUACAGCUCAUAUCAGCGAGUCGACCGAUAUGCAGAAUAGACAGAAACUCAAAGACUUCUUCCAAUAUGAUAAGACCGAAAAGGUAUGGAAGAUGAAGCCUGGGGAAUUAAUACCUGAUGAGCCCACAAUCCGAGCCAUGAUCAAGCCGGAGGAGGUUUGUGCACUUGAUUCGAUGCAAGUCGGUACUCGAUAUCUCAACGAUGCUGGGUACGAGGUUAAAGAUGACGAUGAGAAAGACGACGAUGGAGACCAAGCCAAGGAAGGGCAGUCUCUCGAGAAAAGUCUAGCACCUUGGAAGACCAGUAAGGCUUUUCUUGACGCUUCAACCGGCAAAGCUAUGCUUCAACUUCAUGGGGAGGGAGAUCCAUCUGGUUGUGGGCUGGCUUUCAGUAUGAUUAGAACGUCCAUGAAAGGCGGGUAUGUCGGUGCUCUUCAAGGCCCCUCAGCCACCUCAGCUGCGGCAAUUGCAGCGGAGCGUAAAGCAAAUGGAGGGCACACAUACAAUGUCAAGAAGCAGGAGGAACUAUAUCAAACAGCGAUCCGCGAAAUCUGGGAAAACCAAAAGCAAAAUCUAAGCGAUCCCGUCGAGCAUUCCGAAAAUGAAAUGGAACGCGAACAAGCAGACGAGGACGAGAGGCUUGGUGUUGGUCAGACACCUCACUCCAUGGCCACCCCAGCGGGUUUUGAUGAUUCAGCAAGUCAAAUCAGCAGGUUCAGCACUGCUAGUCGUCAGGGUCGGGUGAUGCGCAUUACCCGAACCGUCCGUAAUAGCAUUGGGCAAUCCGAAGAGGUCACAGAGGUUGUCAAGGAUGUCCGAGUUUGGCGCGAAUACCAGAAGCGCCGACAUGCUAUUGAUUCGCACACUAGAAAUGUCUACGAAGCGAAGCCAACGGGAAAUCUUGAGUGGGACAGGCAAGAAGCUGCGCUUCUUAAGAAAGAACUUGCCCGCUUGGAACGUAACAGGGAACGACGACAUGCUAGAGAAAAGCAGAAAGGGAUAUUCCGUGCGUCAGCAGAACCUGAUGCUGCCGGCUCUCCCUCGUUAAUCCCAGCACCUACUAUCGAGAAACCGACUGGCACAACACGUAAAUGUGCCAAUUGCGGACAGGCCGGACAUAUCAAGACCAACAAAAAACUUUGCCCAAUGCUCAAUGGCAGUAUGAAACCAGAAGAUGGGCCUACCAACAACGGUGGAUUUGGAGCCAUUACCGCACCCUCGUUCCCAUGA